AUGAUAACACAACAAUUUUUACCGUAUUUAUCACAACAUUAUUUAAGUGCUUUAAAUAAUAAUAAUGAUUUUGAUGUAAUAAUUAAGAUAGGUGAGGGAAAUAAUUAUAAAGAAUUCGAAGCACAUUCUUUUGUAUUAUUUACAAGAUCAAAAUAUUUUCGUGCUGCAUUAUCAAAAGAAUGGGUUAAAAAGCAAGAUAAUAAAAUGAUUUUUCAUAAACCAAACAUUUCUCCCAAAAUAUUCGAAAUUAUUCUCAAGUAUAUUUACGGAGGGAUUGUUGAAAUCGAUACUGAAGAUCCUGAAGAAAUAUUGGAUUUAUUGAUCGCUUCAGAUGAAUUAUAUUUUGAAGAAAUAUUGGAUUACUUACAAGAUAUAUUCCUUGAACCAAUUAAAGAUUCUUUACAAGAUUAUAUAGUCCUUGUCAUAAAUAUUUCAAUACGAUAUCCAACUUUUAAUGUGAUUAAAGAUUAUGUUGAUUUCACAAUAAAAUAUUUACCUCAUAUAAUAUUUUUUAGCAAAGAAUUUUAUAAUUUAGAUCGAGAGAUUCUUGAAUUAUUAUUACAAAGGGAUGAUAUUAUGAUUAAAGAAGUCCAAUUAUGGGAUUGUUUAUUAGAAUGGUGUAAAUUUAAAGUAGAACUUAAUAAUUCGAACAUCGAAGAAUGGAAUACUAUGGAUUUUAUUAGAUUAAAGGAAAGUUUACAACCAUUUAUUAAUCACAUAAGAUUUUCUCAUAUGACAACAAGUGAUUUCACCGAUAAAGUUUUACCUUAUAGAGCAAGUGUUGAAGAAUAUAUUUAUGAUAUAAUUAAAAAAAUAUUUUUUACUAGUAUAAGGGAUAUGAUUAGAUUAUCAUUCAAUUUUUCAGUAGAACAACCUAAACGUAGAGGAAUUGAUUCUUUAUUAAUUAAUAUAAAAGAGUGUAUAUUAAUUUCAUGUUGGAUUGAUAAUAAAUCAAAUGAUUAUUAUUCUUUUUCAACAUUUCCUUACAAUUUUCAUUUAUUAUAUAGAGCAAGUAGGGAUGGUUUUGAUAAUUCAACAUUUCAUAAAUUAUGUGAUAUGAAAGGUCCAACUCUUACUAUUAUACGUGUUGAAGGAACAAAUGAAUUAAUUGGUGGUUAUAAUCCUUUAGAUUGGCAAUCUCCUCCUGAUUGGGUUGAGGGUAUAACGAGGGAUAGUUUUAUAUUCAAGAUUGAUAAUCAAGAUGAAAAAUAUAUUCCGAGUAAACCUUAUAUUGAAAAUUCUGUAGCGAGUAAAUUUGAUAAUGGACCUAAUUUUAGAGAUGAUUUAACUAUUUGUGGAUCUAGAUGUCAUUGUGAACAUUUUGGUUAUAAUAAACGUAUUAUAUCAACUGAGUUAAAUUUUGUUAUGGCUGAUUAUGAAGUAUUUAAAGUUGUAAAAUCUUAG